CGCCGCCGCCGCCGCCCGCGCGGCCCUGAGGAGCCCAGGCGGCUGCGGAGCGGCGACGCGGCAUCAUGGGCCGGCUGCUGAGGGCCCCGGGGCAGACGCCACUGCUGCCGCUGCCGCUGCCGCUGUUGCUGCUGCUGGCCGGAGGAGCAUCCCUGGUCACGUGUGCGGCCGGGUCCGAGGAGCCUGGCCCGGAGGGCCUCACCUCCACCUCCCUGCUGGACCUCCUGCUGCCCACUGGCCUGGAGCCGCUGGACUCGGAGGAGCCCAGCGAGGCCAUGGGACUGGGGGCUGGCCUGGGAGCCCCUGGCUCUGGCUUCGCCAGCGAAGAGAGCGAAGAGUCCCGCAUCCUGCAGCCACCGCAGUACUUCUGGGAAGAGGAGGAGGUGCUGAACGACUCUAGUCUGGACCUGGGACCCACUGCAGGUUCAUCUCACUGGAUCCAGACCACAGCCCUGUGUGCUGCGUACUCUUCGUUUUUUACAGAUUACGGUUUUCCCGACCUGACUGAGAAGUCUGGGCCCAUAGAGGAUACCGGCCAGAGUCGGGAGGGGGCGAGCCUCCCGUCUCCCCUGCCCAAGAUGAGCCUGGUGGAGCCUCCCUGGCAUGUGGUCCCCGGAGAGGAGGAGGAGGAGGAGCAGCUGCUGCCUGUGACCAGGUCCCAAGAAGAACCCCAAAGUCAGGUCCACGGCUUUCCUCCCACCAGCAGCAGCCAGACCCCAGGGGCCCCCGAACACCGGCACGAAGAGUCUGGGGACCAGGCCUCCUCGGGUGUGGAGGUGGGGAGCAGCGUGGAGCCGAGCCUUUCCCCGCCCACAGUCACCCCAAGUCCAGUGGCCCUGGGGGGUCAGGAUGUGGCCGACUGGGGGGCAGGGGGCACGGGGCUGCCAGCCGCAGGGCACGGGCUAGAGUUGGAGGCCCCUCGGGAGCCCAGUGAGGAGGCCACUGCGGGAACAGCUGGCUUGGCCGGCCAGCCGGGGGAGGGACCGUCCCCGGCCUCGUUCCCUCAGACAGAAGCUCCCAGCGGGGCUGAGGCCUCAGACGAAGACCCCACGCACCCUGGAGCCUCAGCCUCUUUCUCACUGGCCCCUGGAGACACGGAGCUGACACCUUCCUCUGCUGCCGUGGGACGCGAAACCCUCAGCCAGCUGCCCCAGGAAGGGCAGACCGCCGACGCUCCGUCUAGAACACCCUGGGACUCCACGCAGGUGAUCUGCAAAGACUGGAGCAACCUAGCCGGAAAGAACUACAUCAUCCUGACCAUGGCGGAGAACGUGGACUGUGAGGUGUUCCGGCGGCACCGGGGGCUGCAGCUCCUGGCCCUGGUGGAGGGGGUGCUGCCCCGCCACGGCAGCGGCCGCCACGGGGACUGGCACAUCUCCCUGAGCAAGCCCAGCGAGAAGGAGCAGCGCCUGCUGAUGGCCUUGGUGGGCGAGCAGGGGGUGGUGCCCACUCAAGACGUCCUCUCCAUGCUGGGCGACGUCCGCAGGAGCCUGCUGGAGAUUGGCAUCCAGAACUACUCCACCACCAGCAGCUGCCAGGCCCGGGCCAGCCAGGUGCGCAGCGACUACGGGACGCUCUUUGUGGUGCUGGUGGUCAUCGGCGCCAUCUGCGUCAUCAUCAUCGUGCUCGGCCUGCUCUAUAACUGCUGGCAGCGCCGGCUGCCCAAGCUGAAACACGUGUCGCACGGCGAGGAGCUGCGCUUCGUGGAGAACGGCUGCCACGACAACCCCACGCUGGACGUGGCCAGCGACAGCCAGUCGGAGAUGCAGGAGAAGCAGCCCAGCCUGAACGGCGGCGGCGCCGUCAACGGCCCGGGGGGCUGGAGCGCGCUCAUGGGGGGCAAGCGCGACCCCGAGGACUCGGACGUAUUCGAGGAGGACACGCACCUGUGAGGGGCUGUGCCCCGCCCGGCCCUCGGCGCGGGGUCCCUGCUUUCCCCCGACUCACGGCGCAACUCGGCCCCGUCCCCGUCCCCACCCGAGGCCCCGAGGGGCUGCCCCGGGACCCCAUUAAAGCCGCCCGGAGAGCACGCCGGGCCUCGCG